GCAGCACACUAAAAGAUGACUCGCAACACACAAACAGCUCUUUGUCUUAAUCCUGUUUCUGUCUUGAAAGACUAGAAAAGUUUUUUUCUGUUGUAAAAUGUUAUUGUUUCUUGGUUGAAAGUUUCAUGACUUGGACUUAAAUCUCAAAGAACUGGAUUUCACCUUUUUGAUUUUUUGUUUUUGAAAGGAAAGACACUGUGUAUACAACUGUAUAGUGUACUAUUUUUUACAGUGGUGUUGAAAGAUGUGGGGUUUUAUAACAGAUUUCUUCACUUACGAGACGACAAAGUCUGUGGUGGUAAAGAGCUGGACCAUCGGCAUCAUAAAUCGACUUGUACAGCUGCUCAUAAUAUCUUACUUUGUUGGUUGGGUAUUUUUAUAUGAAAAGGCCUAUCAGGAGAGAGACACUGCUAUCGAAUCAUCUGUGAUGACAAAAGUUAAAGGAUUUGGAGAACACCACAAUAAAACCAUGGAUGUUGCUGACUUUGUCACACCUUCACAGGGAGCUUCAGUAUUCUGCAUCAUUACUAAACUCAUCAUAACAGAGAACCAGGUGCAGGGUUUGUGUCCUGAAAGUGAGGGAAAAUUUAAAUGUGAACAUGAUGACAACUGCACAAACUUAAUGUCAAAGCCAGGCUCAAAUGGUUUGUUGACAGGAAAGUGUGUGAACUACAUAGGUUCUGCAAAAACCUGUCAGAUAAGAGGAUGGUGUCCUGCAGAGAUUGAUGAUGUUCCAAUAACACCUAUGAUGGAGGUUGAGAACUUCACCAUAUUUAUUAAAAAUAGCAUUCGCUUUCCCCGCUUCAACUUCACAAAAGGAAACUUCUUACCCAACAUCAAAAGCAGUUAUAUAAAGAAGUGCAAAUUUGACUUUGAACAAAACAGUUACUGCCCCAUAUUCAGAGUGGGAGAUGUAAUCCGGUAUAGCCAUCAGAACUUUACAACGCUGGCUAAUAAAGGUGGAGUAAUAGGCAUAAAGAUAGCCUGGGUGUGUGAUCUGGAUAAAUCAGAGGAUGACUGUAAGCCUGCAUACUCCUUUACUCGACUGGAUGCCAUGUCUGAGAAAUCUAGUGUAUCUCCAGGGUACAACUUUAGGUUCGCAAAGUACUUUAAGAUGGAGAAUGGGACAGAGUACCGCACUCUGCUGAAGGCAGUCGCGAUCCGAUUUGAUGUGAUGGUCAAUGGAGAUGCAGGGAAAUUUAAUAUGAUCCCUACUCUAAUCAAUAUGGUGGCUGCCUUCACGUCUGUGGGUGUGGGGGCCGUUCUUUGUGAUAUAAUCCUCCUAAAUUUCUUGAAAGGAGCUGAUCAGUACAAGGCAAGAAAAUUUGAAGAGGUGUCAGAUGCACAACUUGAAAAAUCACCCUCCUAUAGCAGUAGCAUGUACCGGACCAGAGAUCACAGCCAGCUGUCAGUCAGACCUGAAGACAAGUUCUCUAAUGACUCAGGGGCUUUUUCCAUUGGCCAGUAUGGUUAACACCAUUUUCUGAACUGCUUCUAUUAACAGUUAAAUACCCUGCACACUUUUACUUGUAGCUUAAUAUGAAAAUGCACUGUAAAUAGCAGUAAGGUAUCACAUUCUGGUACUGAUUUUAAUAUACACGGUGUCCUAUUAGUCAUAAAGCACAGAUUUUGCGUUCAAGAAGAAAAACUGUCAAUAAUCUACCAUAACGAUCAACAAUUUAAUAUACAUGACGAUUCAUUUAAGCUUUACAGCAGAGUACACAGUAUACACAGUGUAAAUGCAAUUAUAACUAAAGACUGUUAAACAAAUUAAAAUCACUGUAUCUUACACUCUUUCUUACAGUCCUAAUUCAAAAAGUUUUAAAGAUCAUGAGAAAUAAUGUAUCAUGGGUGUCUAAAUAUUUGUCUGUUCAGUAUGUGUAAAAUAUAUGAAGACAUGAAUAAAAGUUUUCUGCAAAUACUUUUCUGUAGAUUAGAUGUUGAAAUUAGCGUUGUUUUACAGUAAUAACGAUAAAGACUAACUAAACCUGAACGUUCAAAAAUAUAUUUAAACCAACCCUUAAAAAGCUAUUCAUAUGUUGUAUAAUAAUAACAAUAGUAAGGAUUAUAACAAUAUAUUAAUAUAACAAUUAGUAAGGAAGAAAACACACCAGGGUUUGAAUUUAUAAUGGGAAAAUACUCAGCAAUGAUUGGUGUGAUGAUCAUUUUUCAAAACAACAUGACUUAAAGUGUGUUAUUCCUCUUAUACUACAGUUAACUUUAAGGCUUGAUAUACAUUGAAUGAAAAAUCCAUUAAAAAAAGUUGUUUUGUUUCUCUUAUCACCUACAUUAAAGCCAUAUACAGUUUUUUCCUCACCACUUCCAAAAAUGCUAAAUAGAUAAAGUAGAUUAUUAGAUUUAUUAUUUUAUUAGAUAAAUUAAUAGUUUAUUUUUUAAAUCCAUUCACAAUAAUAUAUAUAUCACAAUAAUGGAUUUGCUGUGACUGCAAUUUUUUUGGUAACUGCCCUAUUACCUUUAGGACACCUUGUAUAUAAAUGCUUCAGUGCAAGUUGUAAUAUCUGCAUGGUCAUUUUCAGGCCUAUAGCAAUAGAAGACCAAAGUAACUUAAAGCAUAAAGUAGCACUGUGAUUAGAAGUACAUUUGAAUAUCCACAAGUAGUACCACUAUUUAGCAAUUUAGUAAUAGAAAGCAUCGCAGUAAUACAAAUCGUAAAUAAUAUUUGAUGACAGGGUUUAAGCUUUUACGAGUUAUUAAUGAAAGUGAAUUAACUUAUACAUUAUUGAUUCUGAAUUCAUUAUUUUUACUUUCACUUAGAUAGCUUAUUUCUAUUGCAUGUGUUACAUCAUCUGUUACAUAAAAUGGUCAAAUUUUAGAGAUUGAAAGCAUUGGGAAACAUUUAUUUGAGAAAAAGAACAUCAUUGUAGCUCAGUUUCUUAAAGAAGUGUGUUGGCUUCACCUUGUAAGGUUUUUUUAUUUCUUAAAAAAAAUAAAAAACAUGGGCCGGUAAGUGGAACUUCACUAUUCAUUUUUUUUCUCAUUAUAUUUUCUAAGAUGUUGAUUGAUUUUGAGAUUUUUGAAUAAAAACAGAGAUGUUUAAAAGGGGGUACUUAGAGACUUGACUCCUGAAAAGUACUUUAAAAUUACAAAUACAAUGCUGUUAGUCCAACUUGCAAUAAGACAGUUGUUUAAAUGUUGGAUGUUUUAGUACAUGUGAUCAGCCACUUGUGUAAUCUAUAGUAUGUGUAAUCUGACUAAUAAUAACUUAUUUGAUAAAUAUCUAAUUUCAAAGCAACACAAUUAAUUCAGUGCAAUCAAAUUUCAUAAAUACAUGCACUAAUAUAUGUGUAAAUGUUUCCUUAUAUUAAACUUUUGAAAAAUAUGUGCAUAUGGUUCCAUAUUUCAGGCACAACAGCCUCGGGAGUUUAUACAGAAUGGUGGUUUUGAGGUUGGAAAGGUCUGCUGAUGAAAGAGUACAGAGAGGAAUGGCUCAAGUGGACUGGGUCAAGGUGAUAGGAAGUGUAUGUUUACUUAAUUAAUCCAUUUAAGAAUGUACUUCGAUCCUUGAGCCGGCUGGGCUGAAACGGUAGGAACGCACUACUGUCAGCCAAGAAGGAGUCUAAGGCUACAGUGAACAUACAUUAAGCUUAGAGAUACUAGACCGAUGCCGAUUGUAAAAACAUUAUCUUGUCUUUUUGCCAAUGAAAAACGGACUAGUGUUAGUAAACCUGUGCUGACUAUAGCCUCAAGAUUCUAUUUAAGACUGACAGGAUUGAAGCCUCAUAUGGUACUCAUGCAGCUCAUCCACAUUUUUAGAUGGUUUUCUGCUCACCAAAGUUAUACAGAGAGGUUGCUUAACUGACAUUCCCUCCUUGUCAGCUGCGCAGGGUAAUUCUGGGGCUGCAGGAAGUGAAACCAGAUAUCUCAAAUGAUUGCUGAUUUACAUAUCAUUCAUUAUAUGGGUCCCAAAAAUUUAGUUAGUUUUUUUUUUAUUGUUUCCAUACCAACUAUUACACAAGAGAGGUCCAUUACUGGUAAAGUGUUUUACAACUGGAAAGAAAACCACGAAUUAUGAUGCCUAUUAAAAACCCAGUCUACUAAUAGUUUCCCAGAUGUGUUGCUGAUAUGUCUCUGCAUCUCUUAUCAGAGUGAUGAUAAAUGACUCUUUUGUUCUGCCUAAGGAGUGAUGAUUGACUGAAAUGGAUCCAUUUUGACAUAAGAUUUUUGUAGCUGUAUUUAUAAUUUUACUAUGUAAUGUUGACCAUCUUGGUAGCAUGCAGAAGUACCAUUGUUUAUUCAUGUUUUGUCAUUUUUAGGACUGGAGUUUUUUUUUUUUAAUAAGAUGUGGAUUUUAGCAUUUGCAAUUCAAAUGCUUUUUAAUCUCAGUGAGAAACUGUGAGAAAGUGACUGAGAUCAGAAAUGGUGUACUGUACAUAAGAAUGCAUGGGUACCUGUCCAGUAAAUUAUAUAUUUUUAUUAUUAUUAUAAUCUUUGGAACCAAUCCAAUGGACAAAAGCCAACAACCAAAAAGUUGUCUUUUUCCAGUCAUGCAUUGAAAUAAUAUUAAAUGUGAUCAAGAAUAAUUAGGUAUACCACAAAAAAGAACACAUAAUAUAUGAGUUUAUAAUAAGUCCCCUUAGUUUAUUCUUAUUACAGCAAUCUGAUAUUAUUAAGCAAAUGUCUGUCUUUUAUUGAACAUAAAAAUACAGCUUGGCCUAUUUACAAUGAAAGUAUUUGAUCACUAAGAUAGUUUAGGGCUGUGCAACAUGCAUGCCUAAACCACUUUCUUGAAACCAGCUUAUAUCUCCAUGUGGUUUCUGACAAUGUUAUGUUAAAAAUGAAGAAGUGUAGAUAACUCUUCUACAACUGUAUGCGAUUGUUAACCCACUAUCGGAUGUCACCCAAAAAAGAUUGGGUUCUUUUUUCGAGUCUGGUUCCUCUCUAGGUUACUUCCUCAUGAAGUCUCAGGAAUAUUGCCUUGUCACUGUCACAUCUAUUUUGCUCAUCUACUUCUGUACACCAGGAUUUCUGUAAAGAUGCUUUGUGACAAUGUCUGUCAUUAAAAGUGCUAUACUAAUAAAAUGGAUGUUAACAUAA